AUGAUGAAGGAACGGACACCCAAGACGCCAGCGUCCAGCAGAUCAAUCGUACGUAACCACUCGCCGUACUGCGAGUCAACAGGGCCUAUUGUUCAAGAAGGCUUCGUUGCUGCUCGCAUCCGAGCCCUGCAAGGCUUCUCAAAUCAGGCACAGAUCGUGACUCGCUCGCAUUCCCCAAUUACCCCAUGCCCGCCCCGAAGGCUCCAUGCCUACAGACCACGCAGUCCAUCGAGGCCUUCCUUGGCGCUUAAGCCGGUAUUGACGGGCACGGAUAUGCCGGGCACCGGCACGGUCAAGCGCUUUCACACGGAAUUUUUUUCGAGAGACCAUCGGCAUCUUGUCAGUGCGUCUGGAGGAUCGAAUAGGUCUUCAAAUGUCACGUCCUUCUUUCAACCGCAUGAGUAUCAAUCCUGCGUUGAACCAACUACGCUAAGCAGGCCAUAUACUGGGGGCAGAGCUGCAGAAAGUCCAUCUCCAAAGCUAUUCACGGACGCUAUAUCAUCUCCCCGUGCCCAGAGGAAUCAGGGCCGUAUCACAGCGCCAAGUACUCCGCACGGUCCACUAUCAGGAGUUGAUCAAGUCGACAAUGAGCCUGUGAAAAACACAUGGCCUUCCGAAGAGGCCAUCUUGAGUCCCCAUCCCAUCCAAACAGACCUGGUCGAACCUCGGGCCAUUUGGCAUGGUCUCCCGCAGACCGAGGAUCGUAACAAUGACUACAGUCAUGAGCAAGCUUUGAAGCCGCGAGGAAGCAUCGCCGAUAAGCUGGGUUCUAUGGUCGAGCGAGGCUGGGUGGCAGCUGACACGUUUGGUAAGGUUUACCACGAUGACGAGUUUGCACCUCACACCACUGAAUCCAAAUUCCACAUUCGCAAUUCAAGAAAUAACAGCAGAAGUGACUCCUUGAGCGAGAUGCCUCGUCUUAAGAAGGUGCCAUCGUACAGCGGGUCUGUUUCAGUCUCGGCUGCCGAAGCGCGGAGCGAAUCGCGGCAUUCGACCAGGCAAGACACUCCACCUCACGUGAAUCAGAAGAAGCCUAGCCCGUCUGUGUACCUCGGUGGUUCACAAAAGCGAAGGCAACGACAACCGAAAUGCAGUCCUGCAGGAAAUCCUACCCAACGAUCAAGUUCAGAUUCCGGAGUACAUUACCUGAAGACUGAAGUUGCAACCCCUACAGAAACGCGACGAGCAUGGACUCUACACCAUGUCAGCAGCUCCGCAAGUAAUCGCAGCGAGAUUCAGCAAGAAGCCUCCCCAACUAUUUGGCCAAGUUAUACAUGGGAUCAUCGCAGCAGCGAGCGGGACCACGAGUCAACGAAAUUGCCGCCACCUCGUGAAGGCUCAACACCGAAGUCAGGCUUUGACGUAACUAUGCUCAGAGAUGAACAGCUUCGCCAGGAUCCCGCAGCUCCUGAGACAGUUGUGGGCUCGCGCCGCUCCAGCUCGAAUACUAGUAAUUCCAGGCGAUCUGCCUCAAGAUCGACAUCAUUUUUUAGAAAGUUCCCCUGGUACAAGGUGGCCCUGGUAGACAAGCAACCAGUGGUUCAAGAUUCAUCGAGAGGAGGCCGUGGCACCGAUAGGUCCUCAAGAUCCACCCGGGCCGCUCAGCACGAUCAUACUCUUACCAAAAUCGAGCCCUUACGAGGCAUCAGCAAGUCACACACGCUUAUUGAAGAUGGACACGAGGAGGAUGAGAACGCUCCGUGGACAAAGAUUCUUCCAAAUCAAGGUCCAAUAGAUCAACAGGCUAUGGAUGCUAUAACGUCUUAUCAAAAAGCAUCCAGCCAGCCCUCCCUUCAGCUUAUGGCAUCUCCACAAGAAAUGAGCGAGUGGCAAUCUCUCGAGCAAACUCGAAGGGCUCCAGAGCGCCCGCAAGAUUCUGAUGCCGCUAGCUUAAAAAUUACGGAGGAGUGGCUAUCAAGAAAUCCGCAUGCGGUCGUCAAAGACGUGAUUAGACACGCGCAAAGCCCAACAAGGACAGGUCCGUUUGGCACGCAGCCAAGGGUACUCUCACAAUCAGGAUCCAUGGACGCAAGCUUUGAGUCACCCAUAUCAGGCGACGUUCUCCCGUCACUCCAACCUCAAUGGCCAAAGGUAAAGGAGCACUCUCGCAUGCAGCCAUACACCUCGUCACAUGCAGAUUCAACGAAACUACACGCCGAUAAUAAAGCCGAGCAAGGCUCAUCGAGUUCCAGUAUUGCGAGACCAGCACAGCAGUUCGCUGCCAGUCCCAACCCCUCUCACCAACUUCGAUCGAAGGUGGUCAAUUUGUCUCCGAAGGAUUCGGGAAUUUGGACAGAUUCGUUGCCGGCUAGUGUGCACAGGAGUGACCAACAUGGGCCUGUACGUCAAGAAUUCAAAGGAAGGGGCAACGGCAUCAAGAAGAUCCAGGUCACUGUUACUUUUGAUGGGGCGGAAGAUUUGGUGAUUGAAGCUACGCUGAAGAAGAAGGAUCGGCAAGAGCAUUGGAGGACAAUGGCGUGA